AUGAUGACUCGCUCGGCGUUCCAGAGCGGCUCGGCUUCGCCGCCCGCCUCGCCCUACACACCCUACUCGCCGCACUCGCCGCAUUCGCCCGCGAGGACAACGCGCGUCUACGCUUCCGUCGCGGAGAUGAAGCGCAACCGAGCGAAGGCGUGGGGCGGGGCGUGGGGCGGGGCGGGCGGCGGCGCGGGGACGCUGCGGCGCGGGUUCCACUCGACGCCGGACCUGGCGGCCGAGCUGGCGGCGCGGCCCGCGCGCACGCGCUCCAGCGACGACGUGCACGACGGAUCAUACGGGUCACGCGCUCCGCCGCCCGCGGAAGCGCCGCCGCCGCCGCCCGGCGCGCCCGCCUCCUCGUUCCGGCCGAGCGCCGCCGCCAAGCUGUACGCCUCGCCGCAGGAGCUGGCGCGCGUCGCCUACCGCACGCCCGCCGAGCGCAAGCCGGCUUCAUUGCGCUCAUGGACGGGUGAUAGCAGAGCGGAGAGCGGGGCGGGCAGCGGGGCGGGCGGCGCGGCGGGGCGCGUGGUGCGCGCGCAGUCCGCCGACGACGCCUCGCACCAGUACGCACAGCCCUACAACCUGCACAAGCCCUUCCUGCGCCAGAAUUCAACGCCAGCACCGCCAAUCCCCGAGCCAGACUACAGUAUGUCGGAGUCGGACGACGAGCCCGAUAAGCCAGCAGAGCCUGUAGCCGAAACCAGCGCCAAUAGCAAUGCCAGCGGCAGCAGUUCCGGCUCGGGUUCCAUGCAACACUCGUUCUCGGUGGACGAGAUCCAGAAGAUCCGGACUCGGCUGAAGUCGUCCAAAUCGUGCGGCGACGAGCUGGGCGGCGGCGAGCGCGACGACGGCGACAACUCGUCGUCCGGCGUGUCGUCCGACCAGGAGGCGCAGGCGAAGCCGCGGCGCGACAAGGUCUCCUUCUGCGACUCCGUGACCGUGAAGUCCGGCAACGACGUGAUCAGCACCGAGCCCGUGCACAGCUCGUCGGAGAGCCUGGCGCCCAUGCAGCGCCACAACUCGCUGACGCGGGCGCGCGCGGCGGCCGUGGCGGCGGCGGUGGCGGGCGCGGCGCGCGGGCGCUCGGCGGCCGAGCGCCUGGGCGUGGACGUGUGCAAGGCGCCGGGCCGCGCGCGCUGCGCCGUGUCGCUGGCGCAGCUGCCGCCGCCGCCCGAGGAGCCGGCGCAGGCGGCCGACGCCGCGCCGCUGCUGGCGCCGCCGCCGCAGUUCAGCGACCGCGCGCGCGUCGUCGCCGCGCUGCCCAAGCGCGCGCACCGCUAG